AUGAAUCACCAUUGCCUCUUAAUUUUGUUUAGUUUGAUAUAAAGUGUAUUUUGUGAGCCAACAAGCUCAGAAAAAUGGGGAUAUGGAAUUUUAGCAUCUUUUGGUGUAAGUAUGAUUGGAUUUGUUGUUUCCAUUUUAAUAAUCAUUUUAAAAAACAUUAGUAAAGGAGAAACAGCAAAAUAAGUAAUGAAAGUUUUAAUAGGAUUUGCUGUAGGAGCAUUAUUAGGUAAAAAUUGAAUAUAUUUUAAGGUGAUGCAUUUAUACAUUUAAUUCCUCAUUCAUUUGCAUCUCAUGAUCAUUAAGAAGAAGAAGUAGAUCAUGAACAUGAGCAUGAUAGAUUAUUAAAUGAAGAAGAAAUAGUUGAAGAAGAAGAAGAAGAUAUUUCAAAAGAAUUUUUAACAUCUUUGUUAUUACUUUUAGGAGUUCUAAGUUUUAUUUUAAUAGAAAAAGCUUUUGUUUUUUUAUAGUCAUAAGUUAUGAAUUAAAACAAAGUUUAACCUGAAGUUUAAAAUUUUGAUCUUGCCUAACAAGAAACUAAUUCAGAAAAUAAAAAUUUAGGUGAUUCUCCUGAUAUACUUGAUAAAGUAGUCAGAAUUCAAGAAUAGCAUUAUACUAAAAUAUCUCAACUUUCAAUUUCAGAAUAAUUAUUUACUUUUGAUAGUUGGAAAUAUAAACCAACAUUAGGGUAUUUAAACUUGAUUUCAGAUUUUUUGCAUAAUAUUAUGGAUGGCUUAGCAUUAGGAAUCAUAUUUGCAACUGCAAAUGAUGAUAAUUUUAGCAGUACUAUAGCAACACUGGUUGCAAUUAUAAUUCAUGAAUUAGCAUAAGAAAUAGGUGAUACAAGUAUAUUACUUGAAAAUAAGUUUACAAAUUCACAAGCUCUAUUUUCAAAUGGAAUCAUUAAUUUAAGUGCUUUAAUUGGUGCUUUCAUAGGAUUAGGAAUAUCAUCAAUAGAGAAUGAAGCAUAUGUUUUAUCUUUUGUUGCAGGUAAUUUCAUUUACAUAAGUUGUGUUGAUAUGUUACCUACUAUUUUAAAAGAAGAAAAUGGUAAAAUAGCCUUUCUCUAAUUAAUUUCUUUUUCUGCUGCUGUAGCCAUAAUGUAUGGAAUUGCUUAUUAUGAGCAUUCUCAAGAAUGA